AUGGUGCUCGAAGCCACCAUGAUCGUUGUUGACAACAGCGAAACGAGCAGGAAUGGUGACUAUCUACCUGACCGAUUCUCAGCACAGAGAGAAGCCGUGUCACUCAUUUUCAACGCAAAGACGUCUUCAAAUCCCGAAUCCGCCGUCGGUAUCAUGUCCAUGGCUGGAACAGGUCCCAAAGUCCUCACAACCCCUACUAGCAACUUCGGCGCGAUCCUGGCAGGUCUACAUGAAACCAAGAUCAAGGGUCACAUAAGGCUAGGCACGGCUAUCAGUGUGGCGAUGCUGGCCCUCCAUCACAGAGCAAACAAAUCUCAACGACAACGGAUCGUCGUUCUGAUAUGCAGCGAACUGGAUCCGAAAUUCGGGGACAAGAAUGACACAGAGAAGGAACUGAUCAAGCUGGCAAAGAAAUGCAAGAAGAACAACGUCUCGGUCGACUUUGUGGCUUUUGGGGAUGCCAUUGAAUCAACUACGAAAUCAAUACUGGAGAAAUUUGUGGAAGCCGUGGGUGGCUCGUCUGGAGAGGGAAAUUAUCUGGCCGUCAUCCCUCCCGGACCGGGCUUGCUCAGCGACAGCCUGAUAACCACGCCUAUAGUCAGCGUGGGUGGGGAAAUGGGAGCUGGAGCCGGUGGCAUGGAAGGCGUCGAGUCCGGGGGCGGAGCUAGUCGAUUUGAUGAAUUCGGCAUUGAUGCGGCGGCAGAUCCAGAACUUGCCAUGGCAUUGCGGAUGAGUAUGGAAGAAGAGCAACAUCGUUUGGAGAGGGAGCGCAGAGCACGCGAGGAGGAAGAGAGACGGAAUGCGGAUAGGAUGGAGACCAUUACUGAAGAAGGGCAAGGCCAGCAGCAAGCCGCAAAUGGAGACAAUCAGGACAGCAGUGCGUCGAAGCAACCGCGGGUAGAGGAUGAUAAACAGGAGUGA